ACGGGAGAAGCUUUUGCCUCUGCCUUGUUCAAUCUGGCUCGGUGCUUAGAUCUGGAUCUACUUCCGAAACAAACAUGUUCCGUUGCCGAUUUGCCUAGUCGUUGGUCUGGAGUCAGUUAUGACGCGUGUAAAGGCUUGUCUCAAGUCAACCAAUCGUUGACGCGUUUCGCUCGUCAAAUUCGUCAGUUGUCUAUACAGUUAGCUAGACCGGAACGUCUCAUGGAAGAUGCACGAUCACAACUAGAUCACCUGUUUAAUGUGCGUGCUAAUUUUCAACGCGCAUCCGAACAGUUGGAUUCUGCCAUCGCUCGAGCUGCCUGUCUGGGUCCUGGGCGUCCGAACGCGGAGUUCAAAUUUGCUGAUGCACAGGUCGCAGAGAUGCGCAUCGCUUAUCGCCAAGCUGCCAAAGUCUAUCUAUCAGGAUUACGCACUGCAAUCAGUUCCACUCCUUUGAUCACAUUUUUACAAACAAACCGACUGGUACUAUCCGCGAAGCAAGCACUGGCGGACGAAUUAUACCCGACGGAUUCAAAUCGAGGUGAAUUGCCGCAAAUGGAAUCGUCUGAAGAUUCUACACCAAAUCUAAUCUCUUUUCUGACCAAAUUGACCAGCUGGGCAGAAACAGGAAGACGUUUGGAUUGCCCUGAAGAUUCUCUGGCAGACGUGCCUCCAGCAUCAGACGAGAAAAGCACACCGUCCGCCUCUUCCACCUCACUCCACGCACUAUCGAACACAUCUAGUCGCGGUCUAGAGGGUUAUUUAUUCAAGCGAAGUGGCAAAAGAACUUGGCGCUCUUGGAGCCGGCGUUGGUUUCGACUUCGAGACAAUCAGUUAGUUUAUUGUAAACGAUUGCCAGAUUUGUCUUCUGCUGACUUACAGUCGUUUACUGAAGUCACCCUGAAUGAAAUGCGAGGUCAACUAGCCCGUGCAGGGGUCACUGACCGAGACGUCCAUGUACCACGUUUGAGUUUUGAGGACUUGCUUGCCCAAAGUCGACCUCACACACUAACCAAACCCCAGUGGAAAGUAAUGGAACCAGAUUUGCAUUUAUGCACUGCUCGAGAAGGCAAUGCUGGCUUCGAGCGCAGGUUCACCUUUGAAUUAAUCUCCCCAGGCAAUCGAAUUCACCUACUUCAGGCAGAAUCGUUUGUGCAAAAGGAACGCUGGGUUGAGGCACUCCGCACGGGUCUGUUGCGUUUGCAACAGCAACAACAACAGCAGCAGUCGAACGGAUCCCCGGAUGUCUCAACAUCCGUCGUCGACCGCCUUUCUCUGGGCAGCCCUUCGAUUCGCGACGGGCGUUCUGCACUGAGUGAGACUACCGCCGUACGCGUGCGUCAGCAUAAUUUGGGUAAUCGUAGUAACCACACCACAACCGUAACCUCGGUGAGUGCGUCGCAACAGUCCAUUCCCGAUUAUGAUCGAUUACGCAGUCAGGGUGGUAUUGUGCUUUGGCGUGAACCGGAUCUGGCCGGAAAUAGACGGUGUGCCGACUGUUCCGCUGAGGAAGCCAAUUGGGCUAGUAUCAAUUUGGGCGUAACGCUGUGUACUCAAUGUGCGGCUGCUCAUCGUGGCUUGGGUGUGCAUAUAUCCAAGGUUGCUUGGUGUAGCUUAAAGCGGGAAUGUACGAUGACCCGAUCUGUCAUUGCCGUUACCAGCCUCUUCGCAGCUGUAGUCGCUGACGGUCCAUAA